AUGCAUCAUAUCAUUCCAGAUAAUGUUAUAGAAGAAAUACAAUUUUAUGUUAAAGAGAAUCAUUUGAAAGCUACUGUUUUAAAAAGAAUCUUACAAAACAAAUACCCUGAUCAUGAAAUUUAUAACCAAGAUCUUUAUAAUACAAUAUAUAGAUUUAAGUCUGAUGCACAAAUUAAGAAUGAUGCUGCAACGUUACUUGAAAAUUUUGAUAAACUUAUAUAUAGAAGAUCCUGA